AUGACUGAUACAAGCGACCUGCCUGGAGCUGAAGUGACUAAUUCUGAUUCCCGACGUAGCCCAGCUGUUUUUCUGGAAACGACCGACCCGUUGCGGAAAUUGCCUCCAGAGCUGUUUGGAAAGAUCUUGUUCUUUGGCGGGUUUGGCUAUGCGGAGCGGUGUCGGUUGAAAGCCGUGUGCCGGAGCUGGCGCGACUAUAUCGAGACAGAUCCUCAUUCUUAUGACUUAUUUGUGAUUGGCUACAAUAAUCGAAUGCCGUUAAGCAAUGUCACUAAACUUGUCCGGAGAUCGCUGGGAACACUGCGUGUAGUGGCGCCGAAGGAGCGGAAAAUGACGGAUGCGAUGUGGCCUAAUUUUCGAGAACGCAUGGUCUCCCAGCUGUUUAUAUCGCUUGACCGGAUCAAGGACAUAUACUUCUACACUCGGAUGCUGUACGACCACAAUGUGACUCCGAUAACGAGCGAAAACUUCAUUCCCCAGCUCAGCUGGCGGUUUCUGUACAGGGUCCCGCCGAAAGCGGCAAAAUCAAACGAUCUCAGAGUGCUGUAUCACGCUGGAAUUGACGAAGGGUUCUUCAAGACCUUUAUGCAGAACGUGACGGAUAUGUCGGCGUGGUAUCAAGAUGCUGAUCUGUCGUUCAACAUGAACAGCUGGCUGCAGUGGGACGGCUGGAAGGUUUCCCUGACGCUUUCAAUCUUGACCUGGGUGCAGUAUUUCAGUUUACGAGUGGACUCGAUGCUUGCGUUUUUAGAUUCAGUGGCUUCAAGUGCUCAAUCGUACAAGAGACUGACAAACCUGAAGUUUUAUGCAAACUGGGAAGAUAAGGCAGUCAUCGAAGAUACCUGGAACCGAAAACUGCAGUUUCCAGACGACACGGUACUGUUCCCUAAUCUACGUGACUUUCGAGUAAACGAGGAGAUGGCAUGCGACUAUCCGGUCAACGAAGACUGCAAUUUCCCACAGCACAGGAUGGGUCUGCAUCAGUUGAAAGCGCUUAUUCGUCAUAUGCCGAGUCUCCACACACUCGUGGUGAGCCAUACGACUGUUCAUAGCGAAGCGAGAGAGUCUGCUUUGGAUCUCGGACAGCAUAGUAUCUCGCGACUUGAUCUGAGCGGGUCGGAUCUAGACAGGUUGCCAGUUCUUCCGGUGUUGAUAGAGGAGUUACUGCUACCCUCUACUUUGGUGAUUCCGAGCGAUGAUUUGACGUCAUUGUUCGAGACAUCUAAGCUUUCUCAUCUCGAUCUACGGGAAAAUAGGUAUAUCGACCAAGAGGAACUGAUUCAGAUCCUGUCAGCGCUCAACCCUUCAUCACUAAAAACACUUCAAAUCUCCGGCUGUCCGGUGGUUUUUGACAAUUUCUUGAUCGACAAGAUGGACAAUCUCCUUCCUCAACUUCGAGUUCUUGACAUUAGCAAGAACAGCUCUGUCGACGAUGAGCUGCUGCAGUAUAUGUUUAUGAUCAAGUACGGAGAACGAAAAUUCGGACGACUGCGUGACCUGGAUAUCUCUCAUACAGCUGUGACUGCUUCUGGUCUCAAAGCGGUACUUGAAAUGGAUGAUCCGAUGGAGUGUGCGUAUGAGGACCCGCUAGAGACAACGAUCCACAUCUUGGAUGAGUAUUUGGAUUUACCACAAGAAGCACUACAGAACCAGCACUUGAACGGGGUACGUCACUCGAUUGAGAUCUUGAAGCAGCCGUUAGAAGUGCGACUUCACUCAACAAGGACUUAUAACUUUGAUCGCAAGUCGGCCGGGUUUAAUGAAAACGGGCGAUGUCCGACGUGUCCAUGCUGCGCUGAUAUUUGGUGA